UCCACGGGGCUGUCUAUGUCUGUCGGUUUCGGGCGCUAGUCGCCAUUUAGCGCGGAGAAUUAGCCGGGCCGGGCCGGGCGCAGCGGCUCCUCCCCCCUACCCUCGCGAGGGAGACACCCGGGCUCCCUGACCGGGGCCUUGCGGAGGAGGCGGCUUCGCGGGCGGCCCCGGUGAGAGACCCGCGAGGGGGGUUUCCGGCUCCCUGUGAGGCGCCGGCAGGCAGCGAGGGGGCCGGCCCCGCGGCGAGCGGUUACUUCCUACCGGGAGGAGGCCGAGGUCGCCAUGGGCGCCGUGUGAGGCGAGAGCUCCCUCAGGCUCCGAGUGCCCGGGCCGCGCUUCUCUCCCCCGGCGGGGCGUGCCGGGCCUGCUCUCCCCUCUCGCGGCAGGGGAGUGCGGGGCCUGCGCCCCCGGCGCAGCCGCUUCCCGGCCUGGGCCCGCCUCGCUCCCCACCCCCAGCCCGGGGGGCCAGUCGCUUUUCCUCUCAGAGAGCAGCUGGGCUGUCCCGCUGCAGGCAGCCAGCGGCUUCUCCCGGCCCGGCACCUGCCUCAGGCUCCUCUCGACUUCUCCCCCCUAGUGCCGUGUCCUGGUCCCGCUGCUGUCGCUCCAUGUCGGCCCCGCUGCCCGGCUCCCCGCUGCAGGAUGGAUGUGGACGCUAAGCAGGGACCCACCCCGCCGCUGGCCCAGCAGCCGCCGCCAAGCCCCGCUUUGAGGAGCCCUUGGGACCCUCCUCUGUUGCAGCAGCAGCCGGACGCGCUCCCCGCUCAGUGACACCUCCCAUCCUCUCAGCAGCGCUACCCCGAGCCCCGCAGCACCAUGUCGGAGGGCGCCGCAGAGAGCAGCAGCCCGGCCCCCCGCUUCCUGGCUCCCCCGCCGCCUCCGCCCAAGAACGGCUCUAGCUCGGACAGCUCCGUGGGGGAGAAGCUAGGAGCCGUCGCUGACCAUGAUGGCUCGGGGGCCGGAGGAGCAGGCGGCGAGGUGGGAGGCGGGGGCCGGAGCGAGGAAUACCGGCGUCGCCGUCACACCAUGGACAAGGACAGUCGUGGGGCUGCAGCCACCGAGCACCGCUUCUUCCGCCGUAGCGUGAUCUGCGACUCCAAUGCUACAGCUCUGGAGCUGCCUAGCUUGCAGCCCGCAGCACCCCCGGCCGUCGCCACUCCCGGGAGUAUCACCCCGCUGCUGGGCUCCCCUCCUGAACCCGCUAGCCAGACCCCCUGCAUCUCUGUCACCCACGUCCCCUUGCUAUUGUUGCAACAGCCGUCUCUGUCGCUUCCCCACGAGGAGCAACCCAUUCAGGAGCCCCCUGCAGCAGAGGACAUCGCCCCGCUACUGCCCAAAGGAGAGGCAGAGGAAGCCGCCCCUUUACCCCCUACCAACACGGCAGGCAGUGCAGCCACUGCCAGCCGGGAGCUCCAGAACCGACAGCAAGAGGAUAUCGAGGAGUUAGAGACCAAGGCGGUGGGCUUCUCCCUUGAUGGUCGCUUCCUCAAAUUCGAUAUUGAGAUUGGAAGAGGCUCCUUCAAAACUGUCUACAAGGGGCUGGACACAGAGACUACGGUGGAAGUUGCCUGGUGUGAAUUACAGGAUCGGAAGCUGUCAAAGUCAGAGCGGCAGAGAUUUAAGGAGGAAGCUGAAAUGCUGAAAGGGCUCCAGCAUCCUAAUAUUGUUCGGUUCUAUGAUUCCUGGGAGUCUACAGUGAAGGGAAAGAAAUGUAUUGUUCUCGUGACAGAACUCAUGACAUCUGGAACGUUGAAAACGUAUUUGAAAAGGUUUAAAGUGAUGAAAAUCAAAGUACUACGAAGUUGGUGCCGUCAGAUAUUGAAGGGCUUGCAGUUUCUGCACACACGCACUCCUCCCAUUAUCCACCGGGACCUGAAAUGCGACAACAUUUUCAUCACUGGCCCCACUGGAUCAGUCAAGAUAGGAGACCUGGGUCUGGCAACUCUGAAACGAGCCUCCUUUGCCAAGAGUGUGAUAGGUACCCCAGAGUUCAUGGCACCCGAGAUGUAUGAGGAGAAAUACGAUGAAUCCGUUGAUGUAUAUGCUUUUGGGAUGUGUAUGCUUGAGAUGGCCACGUCUGAAUAUCCUUAUUCUGAGUGUCAAAAUGCUGCGCAGAUCUACCGUCGAGUGACCAGCGGAGUCAAGCCAGCUAGCUUUGAUAAAGUAGCAAUUCCUGAAGUGAAGGAGAUCAUUGAGGGAUGCAUCCGACAAAACAAAGAUGAAAGAUAUGCUAUCAAGGACCUUUUGAACCACGCUUUCUUCCAGGAAGAGACUGGUGUGCGGGUAGAACUAGCAGAGGAAGAUGAUGGAGAGAAGAUUGCCAUCAAGCUCUGGUUACGAAUUGAGGAUAUCAAAAAGCUUAAGGGCAAAUACAAGGACAAUGAGGCAAUAGAAUUUUCCUUUGACUUGGAGAGAGAUGUCCCAGAGGAUGUAGCACAAGAAAUGGUGGAGUCAGGGUAUGUCUGUGAAGGGGAUCACAAGACAAUGGCCAAAGCGAUCAAGGACAGAGUGUCUCUGAUCAAGCGAAAGCGAGAGCAGCGUCAGUUGGUGCGAGAAGAGCAGGAGAAAAGAAAGCAGGAAGAAAUCAGUCAGAAGCAGCAGUUGGAACAGCAGCUACAAACAAAUGCUACCCAGGCAGGGGCAAAGCAUCCUCCAUCUGCCACUGGCAUCACUGCCAUCCCCACUACUUCAGCAUCAGUGUCCACACAAGUAGAGCCCGAAGAGCCAGAGGCUGAUCAGCACCAACAAUUGCAAUAUCAACAGCCCGGCAUAUCUGUUCUGUCUGAUGGGGCAGUUGACAGUGGUCAGGGAUCAUCUGUUCAUACUGAAUCAUGUGUGACUAGCCAACAGACUGUGUCCUAUGGUUCCCAGCAUGAACAGACUAUCUCAACAGCUACAGUCCAGGGAUACACAACUUCAGGUGGCCAAGUGCAGUCUCAACAACAUGGAGGAUAUCAGCCACCCACAGUGCCUCAGUCUCUGGUGCAUCCGUGUGGGGGAACACCAACGUUCCCAGAUUCACAGAUAUUUUUCCCAACCAUUCAUGAACGGCCAGUGUCUUUCUCGCCACCACCUGUCUGCCCGCCGAAGGUCACCAUUGCUCAGCGGCGCAAGAGUACCUCCUUCUUGGAAGCCCAAACAUGCCACUUCCAGCCCUUGCUGAAAACUGGCCAGAGUUUACUUCCACCUGGUGUUAGCCCCACAAAUUGGACACCAGAGGCAGUCGUUAUGCUGGGCACUACAGCUCAUAAGGUCACUGGAGAGCCCCUACAUGUGCAAGUCAGUUCAGCACCUCCUGAGGAUGCUCACUAUAGAAUGCCACAAGAAACAGUGUACUUAGUGGGCAUGCACUACCAGCCACAGUUGCCAGAGCAUUAUGAUACAGUAGCAUAUAAUUCCUAUGGGACUGAACAGUACUUGAAACAGGUGCCUGAACAGAAGCAUGUGCAAGAUGGCCCUCUUCAGAGCUCUGUUUAUGACUACCAAUCUGGGCAGACCUUCCUGCCAAGACAUUUACAGAGCUUGAGGCUGGAUUCUGGAAUGAGCCCACUUUCACCAUUGUCCAGUGUUUCAUCUCCAUUAAGUGCAGAUUCCACACAGUUGAAAUGUCACCAGGUAUUUGUUCCUCAUUCUGCACCUGCUGUGCUUACUCACAGUGGUGAUGGCAGAACAAGCUGUGUUUUUGAGUUCCAUGUACACACACCAAAUUCGGCUCCAGGAGAAGGGGGUAUCUUACCCCAACGUAUUUACAGAACCUGCCGGGGGUCAAUGGAUUUUAAUCAGGAGGAGUCCACUCAGGCAACAGGGUUGCAUGGUCGCCUCCAGCCUGUGACAGAGGAACUGUGUAACUACCUUGUUCCUGAGCUAACAGUACCCAGAGCGGGAUCUAUCAGAAAGAGCUGGCCAGAAGGAAGUCCAGAAUACUCAAGUGAUUCAUCACAGCUGACUUCCUCCGACACUGGUGAUUUCCAGUCUCCUCCCCCAACAGGGGUGUUGUCUACAGCUUUUGGUUCAGACUUCUCGUUGCCCAUUGUCCCAUUGCCUCAGAAGGUAUUUCAAGAGUCGCAGCUCUUCAUCUGUUUCCAACAGGGAGCCUCAGCUCAGCAGGCCUUGUCCACCUCGCUUUCAUCAGGACCACCUGCACUCUACCCUCAGACACAGGUGCAAGGCCAGCCAGUCUCAAGUAGUAUAUCAGUGGGGGUACCAUGCCAGCCUACACAGCAAAGUCAGCAGAGUGCACAGCAGCUGGCUCCUUCCCAGCAGACAGGACAGUACCAGCUGCAGCAGUCAUCCGUUUCCAGUGGAGCUACCCCAUCACAACCAGUUUCUCAAACUCAGACUCCACUGAUCAUGCCGAUGCCUCAGGUACCAGCUGGAACUCAGCUUCCUGUUUCCCAAGCAGUGCCGAUCAUCCAAGGCGAACCUCAAUUACCUGUUUCAGCACCUUCUCUCCCUCAACCUUCAGUUGCCCCAACCAUCCCCAUUGGCUCUCAUUUUCUCCCUAUGGGACAGCCCUUGUCAACCUCCCUGCUCCCCCAGUUCUCAGUCUCUCAGCUCCCCAUAGCAGCAUCUCAUGCGUCAGUGGCUCAGCCAGGCUUCCAGUCUCUGCCUAUCUCUAUGGCAGCUGGCAUUAACCAGCCACUACUCACUCUGGCCACAUCUGCUGCAGCAGCUGCUAUCCCUAUAGGAUCAACCAUUGUCCCUAGCCAGCUUCCAGCUGUUCUACAGUCUGCGGCCCAGCUGCCCAGCCAGGUUCUCCCACAGCUCCUGCAGCCAGCUGUUCAGUCCAUGGGAUUACCAGCCAGCCUUGGACAAGCUGCUGAAGCUGCACUUCCAGCUGGAGAUGCUUUGUAUCAGGGCUUCCCACCUCGGCUGCCGCCUCAAUACCCAGGAGACUCAAAUGUUGCUCCCUCCUCUGCUGUGGCCUCUGUUUGCAUACCUUCUGCAGUACUGUCCCCUCCCUUACCCACUGAUGCAUUGGCUCAGCCAGGCUAUCUUGCUGCAAUGGUGCAGCCUUAUGUGGAACAGAACAUUUCAGUUCCUCUGGGCGGUCUAGGAGGACAGGUUCAAGUGCCACAGCCUGCAGUGAGUUUAGCACAGCAGGUCUCAUCUGCGUCUUCACAGCAGGGAGCUUUAGAGAGUACUCAGGGAGCCUCACAGGCUGCUCCUUCAGAAUCUGUACCAUCAGCACAGCAACAGCUUGCACAGACUACUCCAUUGGUCUCCUCACUAGACAGUGCACAUUCUGAUGUUGCUUCAGGCAUGAGUGAUGGGAAUGAGAAUGUGCCAGGAUCUAGUGGGAGACAUGAAGGGAGAACCACCAAACGCCAUUAUCGGAAGUCUGUACGCAGCCGCUCUCGGCACGAGAAGACUGCUAGACCAAAACUGAGAAUUCUCAAUGUUUCGAACAAGGGUGAUCGGGUGGUUGAGUGCCAGCUAGAGACACACAAUCGGAAAAUGGUUACUUUCAAAUUUGACUUGGAUGGUGACAACCCAGAGGAAAUCGCUAUAAUUAUGGUGCAGAAUGAAUUUAUUCUAGCAACUGAGAGAGAUUCAUUUGUAGAGCAGGUACGAGAGAUCAUUGAGAAAGCCGAUGAAAUGCUCAGUGAGGAUGUCAGUGUAGAGCCCGAAGGUGAUCAGGGCUUGGAGAGUAUGCAGACGAAAGAUGACUGCUUCUUUCCAGGGUCCCAGAAAUUGGAGGGAGAGUUCAAACAGCCAGAUCCUGUAUCUUUCAUGCCGCAGAGAAUUGGUGUUCCUCCCAGCUCUUUCACCCAGGUUGUCCAUUCUGCUGGAAGACGGUUUAUUGUCAGUCCUGUCCCAGAGAGUCGGUUAAAAGAACAACAGUUUUUCACCUCUUCUAUUCAUGCAGGAAAGGAACUUCCAGAUAUUGUUGCUUCCUCUUCAUCACAUGGUCCUGGGAUGAACCUGUCUCAUUCUGCAUCAUCACUCAGUCUGCAGCAAGCUUUCUCUGAGAUCAGACAUACUCAAAUGACUGAAGGACCCAGUACAGCUCCUCCAGUUUUUAACCAAACUAUACCACCAUUUCCACCUGUACUUGCUAGCAUGGCUGGGAGUCUACCAUCUACAUCAGUGGCUCCUCUCCCAGCAUCUCCCCCUUCCACCACUGGUAUUGCUCUUCCAGUAGCUCAGUCUGUUGUUCCCCUGCCUACAGAAAAGGUGCCAGCUGGAGUUGCACCAAGCACAGGUGUUUCAGGCUCCAGCUCUCCCACAACAUCCCAGGCUGGGCACCAAUUAAUUGGUGGAGUGUCUUCCAGUAUGAGUGCACCUGCUUCUUUUUCAUUAACUGUUACAUCGCAGACUGCUCAACCACUGACUGAAGAAGUUGUCCCUAAUAUCAGCGCACCUGCUUCUUUAACACUGCCACCAACACAACAGAUUCCUGUCAUGGCUGGCCCCAGUGUUAGUGCCCCAAGUGCUGUACCCCCACCUGCGACAUCUCCGCCUGCUCAACAGAUUUCAAGUAGUAUGGAGUCCGUGGCAGCUCCGCAAACAUCUGUAGCCCCAACUAUGGCUCAUAAUGUGACUUCACAAACUUCUCAGCUCAGCAGCAGUAGCUCCACCCCCAGUCUGGCAGAAACAGUUGUUGUAAGUGUGCUACACUCAAAGCCUGAGGAUGGACAGUCAGUAGAUAAAUCGAAGCUGUGUAGUGCAGCUGGCUUGUCCCUUCCUAUCGCCGCACCAUUGUCCUCUGCAGUGGCAUCAAGUAUAUCUAGUUCAGUCCCUCAGCCUGCUGUGGUGCAUCCUUUACUCAUCCCAUCAGCAGUUGCAUCAACACCUGUCCUACCCCAGGCAGCAGCUGCAAUCUCUACCCCCAUGUUACCCCAGGUUCCUUUAUCUGGCAUCCUACCACUGACGCAGCCAGUUGCUAACUUGCCUGCAGUACAGCAGACCUUGAUACACAGUCAACCUCAACUUGCUCCGCUACCCAAUCAACCUCAUACUCAGUGUCUGGAGGCUGAUGUUGACACUCAACCCAAAGCUCCUGGCAUCGAUGACAUAAAGACCUUGGAAGAAAAGCUACGAUCUCUAUUCAGUGAACAUGGCAAUGUUGGAGCAACACAUCCACCAGUAUCUCUGGAGACAUCACUGGUAAUGGAGACGACAGUCAUGCCUGGUGUACCGACGACUGCUGUUGCACCAACUAAACCUAUGACUGCCACUACCAGCUCUAGUAUACCACCAGUUAGUUUGCCCCUUGGACCAGCUGGCUUACCAGUGAUGACACCAGUUGCCACACCUGGUCAAGUGGGCAUUCCUGUCACCUAUGUUCCAGCAUCAGGCAACAUUGCAACAACAGCAGUGAAACCAGUGACCCCUCCCUCAAAGCCACCUCUUAGCAGGGUACCGGUGCUACCGGUAGGUUUUGAACUUCCAGCUGGCACUCCAUCCAGCGAACAGCUGCCACCCUUUCCAGGACCUUCACUAACUCAGUCCCAGCAGCCUCUAGAAGAUCUGGAUGCUCAGUUGAGAAGAACCCUCAGUCCAGAGACUGUCCCAGUGACAUCUGCUCCUGCCUGUCCUGUGCCAGCAAUGGCUUCUACCACAGUUACUGGAGUGGUGUCUGCACCAGCACAGCCCCUGAAAGAAGCAUCACAGGAUGCAGACAGCAGUGCAACGACUACCACUGCAGGAGCUGGAGUUUUUAAGAUGGGACGAUUUCAGGUAUCUGUGGCAGUGGAUAGUGUACUGAGAGACAGUGACGGUAAACCUGAAGAAACUAAGCCUGUGCAUUUUGAGACAACCUCCUCUGAUUCAUCUUUGUCUGGCAGCAGUCCAGAGAGUACGCUUGUGAAGCAGACUUCCAAUGGGACAACAGAGGCUACCACUGGUACCUCCUUAGAUGUGACAGAUGAUGCUGUUUCACGGACAUUUCCUGCCAUACAAUUGCCAUUAGAGGCUGGGCAGCCAACUAAAGUUGGGCGCUUUCAAGUGACGACAACAACGGACCAAGUGGGUCGCUUUUCUGUGUCCAGGACUCAAGAUGAGGUCACCUGUGUGGAGAGAGAACCCCCAAGGACUCUUCCUCUUUCUGUGGAUUCAGAACAAGUUUCUCUUCCAGCCAUGACUCCAAAGAAAGAGGUUCCAGAAUUGGUGGAGCCAAGGCAGUCUCCGCUUAUGAAUGGGCCAUCAUCUGAUCUGGAGGCUGCCUUCCUGAGUGGAGCGGCUCAGGAACUGGAUGAUGGCUCAGGUAGCCCAGACUCUCUCCAACCACUGGAUUCAAAGAUCAGCCUCCCCCUCCAAAGCUUUAGCAACUCAUUGAAUUCUUCCUACAUGAGCAGUGAUGAGUCAGAUAUUGAAGAUGAAGACUUGAAAUCAGAGCUACGCCGGUUGCGAGAAAAGCACUAUAAAGAGAUCCAGGAGCUGCACAGUCGCCAGAAGCAGGAGAUUGAAUUGCUGUACACCAAACUGGGAAAGGUCCCCCCUGCAGUAAUCAUCCCCCCAGCUGCUCCUCUCUCAGGGAGGAGGAGGAGACCUACUAAAGGAAAAGGCAGCAAAUCCAGCCGCAGCAGCUCCCAGGGUAAUAAGAGCCCUCAGCUGCUAGGCAAUCAGUCUUCUCAGAGUGCCCCCUCAGUCUUGCCCCCCCAGCAGACCCUUCAUCCUCCUGGAAAUGUCCCAGAGACUGGGCAGAACCAUCUGUUACAGCCCCUUAAACCAUCUCCUUCUAGUGAGAACCUCUACUCUGCCUUCACCAGUGAUGGUGCUAUUUCGGUACCAAGCCUUUCUGCACCAGGCCAAGGCUGUGCGAAGUUUAACUGUGCAUCUGAGCGGGUGACGUUCAAGCCUGGUGGCAGGAGGACCCGAUUUCUGAGUACGCCCUGCUUGGCUCUUUGGAAGAUGGUGAAAAAAGUCUGUCCUUGCAACCAGCUCUGUAGGACCAGCAGCACCAACACAGUUGGGGGUACAGUGAACAGCCAGGCAACCCAAUCUCAGCCUCCUGCCAUAACUUCGAGCCGGAAAGGGACUUUCACAGAUGACCUGCACAAGUUGGUAGACAACUGGGCCCGUGAUGCUAUGAACCUCUCAGGAAAGAGAGGUGGCAAGGGGCAUAGCAACUAUGAGGAGUAGACUUUCCUGGUGCGAUGUCCAUUGCCGGCAAUGGAUGCACUCGAAACAGCCGGCAUCAAGGAAUUCCCUGUUUUAAGCAUGCAGAGGACUUAUGAUUUUGUUCACUCUAAAGAAUUCAAACUGGUACCAGGACCAUAACUAACUGUGCCAUCUUUUAGUAGCUGUAUUGUACCUUCUACUUCUCAACUCAUUUUCCCUUUUUCAUACUGAAAAAUACUGGUUCCCUGUUCAAUGUAAUAAUACUGCAACCAACCAGUAUUACUCUGUAGUGCUGCAACAAGCUGUGAAGGGUCAAAGUACUGCUUCCUGGUACUUGGGAGUAGCUCAGUGGUGUCCUGGAAGUCUCUGCACCAAGGAAAUCUUACUCACACGAAUUUUCUGUGAGCACUGCUCCCUUGUGGGGGGGUCUAACUAGGGAGUUUAUACUUUCUGUGGAUGUUUUGCUCUUAUCUCUGAAAACAAACGCACAGGAUCUGUUUCUUUCCCUUCACCUGGUUUUGAUGUUUACAGCAGCUUUGUCAGCCAGGAUACCACUGGCAUAUAUAGGUUGGAAAUGAAGAGUCUGUGGGUGGAGGCUAGUGGCAAGGGGGUUGGGUUCUAACAGUUUCUCAGUAGAUUUUUUUUAUUUUAAUUCUUGGUAAAUAACACAGGCGCUGUAGAACCACAGAACGAGAUAAAAGGUCUCACCAUUGUGUAUGUGUGGUUGGAAGAGGAAGAGAAAAUGUCUGCUGGUAAAAUUAAUCAGAAAACCUCUGCUUUCUGGUUAAAAUGACUGGAGAGGAGGCUCCUGAAUACACCAAGUAUGGGUAGGGAAAACAAUGCUCUGUGUAAUGGAGUAAUUAUACGGCUGAAGCAGUAACAGGAGUGGGGCAACACUUCGUGGCAGAAGAACUGAUCAGCUGAAUGCAGCACAUGGUUAUUUAAUUAUUUUGAUUUAAUAAGUUUGAGGUCGGUUUUUCACUUAACGUUAUGCAAGAACUGGUUUUAUUUACCAUUGAUUUCCCUCCUGUGGAUGAAAUAACUGAAGUCUAGAGGAAUAAACUAAUGCUACUGAACUGUUAAAUUAUUUUGUGUUAAUAUUACACUUUGAGUACCUUUUUUCCACAUAAAAUCUGUUUCUGAAUUACAAAUGUUUUCUUUACAUUAUUUAACGAUGUACACUGUAAAAAACAAAAAUACACACAAAUAAAAUGAAUUCAAACUUU